ACAUCAAGCACGAUACGAAAACAGUUUUGCCUUCCUCGAACAGAAAAAGGUGGUGGUUUUGCUCCUUCCGAUUAUUGCCAUAAUGUGAUGUCGGCAAAACGGAGGUACAAUCAGAGCCUGUGGGACCUCAGCUCCCCUUGUCCCAGGCGGACUCAGUCUCGAGAGAAGAAAACGAGACUCGAAAUCUCGAACCUGAACAACGUGCAACACACAAAUGAAACCGAUGCUGGUAACGAAGAAAGCGAGCGCAUCACGAGCUCCGAAGAACCUGACCUGCUGAUUUGUUGCAACGAACAGCGACAGUUCCCAGCGGACAGCGACGACAGCGACCGCACGGUACCCGAUGGAUGCUGUGAAGGAGGUCCUUCGCGGUCGUCGGAAGCAUACAAUAGUGACAGGGAAGAUUGCGACGCCACUACCACCCAUGACCGCGACGAUACUGCAUAUGACUCCCACGACACCGACGACAGUGCUGAUGAGUCGUUAUAUGAGGAAGAGCCAGCGCAGGAGGAACCUAUGGACGAUCUUGACCAGCCCCUUUACAGUGGCUCAAAAUUGACACCUCGAGAAAGUUUGCUACUUAUUCUGGCCCACAGUCUCAGGCACCAUUCUUCGAAAGAAGCAACCGAAAGCCUCCUGAGGCUUGUGGAUGCCCACAUUCCAGACACAUCCACCCUGCCACUGUCCAAAUACAUCUUCUACAACCAGUUUGCCACCUGCACAAGGAACCACACAUUUCACAUGUAUUGCCCCACUUGCCACUCAUAUCUGUUGCAAGUAGGAGACAACGAUACCACUACUCCUGCUACUGUCCUGUGCACUCAGUGUGACUGCAGUCACAAUAUUGAAAAACUGAUGAAGUCCGGAUCAUACUUCGUUAUGUUGAACAUUGAGAGUCAAGUACGAGAUCUUUUGGAACAGCAUGGCCUGCCAACACGAAGAAAAGACGCAGGCUUCGACAUGAGUGAUAUAACUGACAGUGUUGCGUACAGGAAGCUUCCAAUGGAGGAAGACGACGUCAGCAUCACGUGGAAUACCGAUGGUGUCCCUGUGUUUGAGUCUUCGGGCUUCAGCAUUUGGCCGCUACAACUCAUUGUAAAUGAACUGCCGUUCAAAUCCAGAAGUGUCAAUGUAAUCCUGGGAGGCUUGUGGUUUGGGGAAUGCAAGCCUGACACGAACUGCUAUCUUCAACCUUUUGUAGACCAAAUGAACCAGCUUUCAUCUGGUGGGAUACAGUGGACGGACACCGAUGGACACUCAAGACUGUCCCGUGUGUUCUGUGGACCAUGUUCUGUGGAUUCUGUUGCCAGGUGUCUCGUAAUGAACAUGAGUCAAUUUAACGGCAAAUAUGGAUGCGGAUGGUGUAAAGCACGAGGAGAGCAGGUUGCAGUCGGAAGGGGCACCGCUCGUGUUUAUCCACUGCUGCAGCCGCUUCCAAAAGCACGGACAGAUGAAGGUUUCAAGAAAGAUGCUGCAGAAGCAGAACGGAAAGGAAAACCAGUGUGUGGCGUGAAAGGCACCAGUGUUCUGUUCCUGUUGUCUUACUUUUCAUUUCCUUUCGGGUUUGUUGUGGACUACAUGCAUGCUGUGUGUUCCGGAUUCGUUCGGUCCACAGCAUGCAUGUGGUUCACCCACAAGGGUUCAGAGCAGUACCAUUUAGGUAGCUACCUUUCUCAGAUAGAUCGCAAGCUUUGCAAUUUACAGCCUACAUGGGAAUUGUCACGAUUGCCCCGGUCAGUUCAUGCAUGGAAAUACUGGAAGGCCUCAGAGUGGCGAAAUUGGCUCUUGUAUUAUUCGCCCGUUGUUCUGAGAGGCAUAUUGCCGACCCGCUAUUUUCGCAACUGGCUGAAGUUCGUGUGCAUCAUGCACGUUCUUCUUGGUAAGUCUGUGCCACUAGACAGACUAGCUCUUAUUAAAAAGGAGCUGGUGAUGUUUCUCAAAGAGUACGAGAUGCUGUAUGGGAAGCACCAUAUGACCUACAAUGCACACUUGUUGCUUCAUCUCAUAGACUGUGUGCGAGAGUGGGGUCCACUGGGGUGCUACUCUUCAUUCCCUUUUGAGAGCAUGAACGGUGCACUUCUGAAGUUGUUAAAUGGGACCAGGUACGUGGAUAACCAAAUUGUUCAGAAAUACUCCCUGUGGCGUACACUGCCCAGGCUUGCAAGUAAAAGCCUUCAUAAGACCCAUGGCUUCGUGCAGCAGUUUGUCCAAGACACACUUCACGGCUACAAACUGCGAAAGAAUGCCAUGAGGUGUGACUCUGGUAUACUAUAUGGAACGGGAAAGCCGCUCCCAUGUGGAUCAAGGUCCUUCACAAAGCUCACAGUUGACGGCUUUACGUUCUGCACUAAACACCUUGACAAAUCUAGACGGUGUAAUUCAUUUAUCUUCACGGACGGAAAUUUUGGCAGAGUUUGUUCUAUUCUGCUCCCUCCUGCUUCUGAGAGUACGCAACCCAUACGAUUAGAGGUAGAGAAAAUGAAGGUAAAAAAUCAUGUUAUCACACCCAUAGGUGGGUUACCCAUUCUCUUCGUGGAAGUUGAGGCUACCGCAGAGCUAUUCAGUGUAUCAUUCAAGGAUAUCCAAAAGUGUAUCUACCUUAACUCUGCUAGUACGACAUACUUGUGUGUGCUGCACAAGAAUGGUACGGUCGAGACUAGAUAGAGUUCCUGCUGCAAACAAAGUGACAAUCCUACAGGAUCUAUCGACACAUGUCAUGUCAAAUAUAUUCCAUUUCAUUACCCCAUUUUUAUUUCUAUGCUAUUAAUUUCUUGUAUGCAUUGUUAUACUGUGACUAUACUCUCUCUUGUUUGAGAACAUCAUGCAGUGCUGCCCUGUUGGCACCCUGUGUCUUCUGCAUUUGGCACUCUUACCUGCUUUUAUUUUUAUUGAUAUAGUCACUUAUUUUUGUGUUUGUAGUUUACUAUUCAUUUAGUGCAUCAUUCAUUAAGUACCUGUGCAACAGUUUCAUUGAUUCGCUUGUCAUUGUGGUAAAUGUAUUCGUAUCACACCGUUCAUCGUAUGAGUAUUUGCUUUUGCACUGUACAUUACCCUUUCUAUUGACAGCGGUGUAUGUCACUGUACCAACUGCCAUUAUUUCACUGUUUAUUAAGACAUGGUCCAGGAACACAAUGAAGGUUUCAUCAGGCUUUUUGCAAUGUUUGAAGAUAUCAAGGUCAGAGUACCUUGUUGCUCUGAUUUGACAAACUUCUUAGUCUCAAAAAAAUAAAUAAAUAAAUAAAUUUGAAAACCUGCAAGCAGAAAUGUC